AUGGAGGCCGUUCCACAGCCCCAGCCUCGGCCCCUGCUCCGGCCCGGCGAGGUCGCUGCUGCUGCUCCCCUGCCGCCGCCGCCGCCCCCCCCGGAGCAGGAGCGGAAGCUGGAGCAAGAAAAACUCUCGGGGGUGGUGAAGAGCGUCCACCGGCGGCUGCGCAAGAAGUACCGGGAAGUGGGAGACUUUGAUAAGAUCUGGCGUGAGCACUGCGAGGAUGAGGAAACUCUGUGUGAAUAUGCUGUGGCAAUGAAAAACCUUGCGGAUAAUCACUGGGCAAAAACUUGUGAAGGGGAAGGCCGAAUUGAAUGGUGUUGCAGUGUAUGCCGAGAAUAUUUUCAGAACGGUGGGAAAAGAAAAGCACUGGAGAAAGAUGAAAAAAGAGCACUUCUUGCUUCCAAGACCACUCCAGCUUUAAAUGUUCCUCAGGCUCCCAAGAUUGAAGAUCCCUUGCCAGAUUCUGGCUUGACAAAUCAUGAAGCUGUAACAGAAGAAUUACUCCACUCCUUGGGGAAGAUCAGAUUACUUGAUGUUGGUAGCUGCUUUAAUCCAUUUCUGAAGUUUGAAGAAUUUCUGACAGUUGGCAUAGAUAUUGUUCCAGCUGUUGAGAGUGUAUAUAAAUGUGACUUCUUAAAUCUUCAAAUUCAGCAACCUCUCCAGCUGGCACAAGAUGCUAUAGAUGCCUUUCUUAAGCAACUAAAAAAUCCCAUUGAUUCUCUACCUGGAGAACUGUUUCAUGUUGUUGUUUUCUCACUCCUCCUUUCUUACUUUCCAUCACCCUAUCAGCGAUGGAUAUGCUGCAAGAAGGCACACGAACUUCUCGUAUUAAAUGGCUUGUUGCUUGUCAUAACUCCUGAUUCAUCCCACCAGAAUCGCCGUGCUAUGAUGAUGAAGAGCUGGAAAAUUGCCAUAGAGUCUUUGGGUUUUAAACGCUUCAAGUAUUCCAAGUUUUCGCAUAUGCACCUGAUGGCAUUUAGGAAAACUUCCCUGCAAACAACAAGUGACUUGGUUAGCAGGAACUACCCAGGAAUGUUGUAUAUCCCCCAGGAUUUCAACAGUAUAGAAGAUGAGGAGUAUUCAAACACUUCCUGUUAUGUUCGAUCGGAUACAGAAGAUGAACAGCUAGCUUAUGGUUUUAUGGAGCUACCUGAUGCUCCUUAUGACUCAGACUCUGGAGAAAGCCAGUCUAGUUCAAUUCCUUUCUAUGAGCUAGAAGAUCCUAUAUUGCUUCUAAGUUAA